AUGGAACCGAAGGUCGGCCCUGUGCGCUCUGAGGAGGGCUUGGUGUCCUUUUCACAGUUCAGGUGCAGCCCCUGCUGCACGACGGACACUUUGGAUCCUGUCUACCCCAAUGUUACAGCAGGCCAAUCUAUGUGGUUUCACUUGCCCGAUGGGCUCCAUCCGGAUCGGGAUGAGUUCUGCCCCGGGGAUGAACCGUUGACCAAAGCUGACGGCGUUCACGAACGGGGAAUGGUCCAACUUCCUGGCGAUGCCAUCUACGCCGGGCAGUGGCUUGGAGACCAGCGCCAUGGCCAGGGCACCAUGACCAGGCCGGACGGAGGGCGCUACGAUGGACAGUUCCGCCAUGACAAAGCUCAUGGUGUUGGCAGGUUUCGCCAUGCCAACGGAGAUGUCUACAGCGGACAGUGGCUCGAGGACAAGGCCCACGGGCAUGGCAAGUUUGUUCAUGCGGAUGGAUCCUCCUAUGAAGGCGACUGGGAGAUGGACAAAAAAUCCGGCAGAGGAGUUGAAACCUGGGCGGAUGGGUCUCACUUCAAGGGUGAGUACAGAAAUGGGAUGAAGCACGGAACCGGCUUCUUCCAGUCUGCAGACAGUUCGACUUACUCUGGGCACUUUGUGGAUGACGCGAUGGAAGGUCAGGGCAUCUACAGAUUUCCUGAUGGAAGGGUGUACACCGGCGCUUGGCAUGGGAGUCAGAUGCAUGGUGAUGGCACGAUGACGUGGCGCGACGGCAGCUCCUACAGUGGUGGCUUCUCGGAGGACCGAAAGUCCGGCGAGGGCACCUUCACGUGGCCCGAUGGAAGGUCCUACUCUGGACAGUGGGAGAUGGGCCGGCAGCAUGGCGUGGGCGUGUUCAUCGACACCAAGGGCAGGCAACGAAAAGGUUUGUGGAAUGAAGGGCAGCGAUUGAAAUGGAUGGAUGCUUAA